AUGGCUCUUCGAAGACCUCAUCGUAAAUCAAGACAUGGCUGUGUAGAGUGCAAACGACGCAGGGUCAAAUGCGAUGAAGCUCGCCCAGCGUGCUCCAACUGCGUCAAACGGAGGGCGCAAUGCGAGUACGACUCCAGCGGCUCAUUUUUGUGGGCAAAUGGGAGGUCGCAGUCCCGCUCGAGGUCGAACAAAUCUGCCUCCGAGGGGCCUCCGGAGCAACAGUCGCUCCACGACACCGCCGUUUCCUUUGGCAUUCUCGGGAAGCUGGGUGGACACGGCGCGGCAACUCAGUAUUCACUUACAGGCCUCAACUUGUGUGAUUUGGAAUUGAUGAUGCAGUGGUGCAAUGAGACCUAUAGGUCAUUUUCCCGCAAUGAGCAAACAGACCGCAUUUGGCGCGGCUGUGUCCCCGAAGAGGCGCUGUCAUACCCGUUUCUCAUGCAUGGGAUACUCGCUAUCUCUGCGCUUCAUAUUGGGCGGACCAGGGCUGACCAUCGCCGUGCUGACUACGUCAGCAUUGCUGUCGCGCAUCAGGACCAAGCAUUGGCCUUGUUUCGUGAGCGGCUACAUGACAUUAACCCCUCCAAUGCCAAAGCCAUGUUUGCGUUUGCGAGUAUUGUGGCCGUUUACGCAUUUGGCUAUCCUCAUCCGCCAGAUGCGAAAGACCCAUGGGACUACAUCGACGAUCUGCUUCAGCUGCUCAUACUGUCGCGGGGCGUGCACGAGGUGCUGAGUACCGCAUCUUCUUCGAUAAAGGACAGCGAUUUUGGACCGAUUGUACAGUUUGACGAAUACGAAGUCAACCUUCCCGAUGAUAUACUAUUUGCUUUAGAAAAGCUCCAAGACGCAAACAAGUCGAUUGGAGAGACGGAUUCCACGCACGAUACGUUUAUUUAUGAAGACACCAUUGGCAAAUGGGCAGAUAUGACGGGCGCGGUGUACAGCGGCCUAACCUCCAUUGCUGUCGCCUGCAGGUGGGCGAUCAGGUUGCAACCGAGAUACGUGGAUUGUCUGCGGGAGCGUAAGCCCCUAGCUCUGGUCAUUCUGGCAUACUACUGCGCAAUCCUCCAUCGCCUCCGACACAAUUGGUGUCUCGACGAGUGGGGUCCUCGGGUUUCAAAGGCGCUCUGGCUUGUUCUAGAUGAGCGUUGGCGCCCGUUGAUAUACUGGCCUAUGAGAGAUAUCUUUGGCCAGGCAUUCGAACCGAAUUUAACCUGA